UACAUCGCAUUGUACCUUCAAGUUUUCUCUCUCUUCCCAAAAAAAACCCUGAAAAAAUCUCAGCUUUCACCCUUCAGAAGACGACCCAAAAACAAGAUUUUGUUUCUGUCUUCUAUGGACGAGCAUGAUGAUGUGGGUUCAGUAGCUAGUGUUGCAGACUUUUCUACUGUGACUGUUACUAUGCCUAGUGGUGAUGAAACCCUGAUGGGAAAUAUGGCUUGUGAGGGACAGGUAGAUGAGCAAUCUUAUAAUGGGGGAGAUGGAGAGGAGAUAAUGAUAGAGGUUGUGGGUUCUGAUGUCCUUGUUGAUGGUGUGAGCGGUCAUAGUGAUGGUUUGGGAAGAGUUAUGGAGUCUUUUGCAAAUGAAGUUGUGGUAGGGGGCGAUAUUGGGUCAAGAGAAGUUGGGGAUUUGGGUGGCCAACUGUGGGAUGAUAGGACUCAUACUGUGGUUGAAGGGUUUCAGGAUUUUCCGCAGAUGUUGGAUGAUACAUCUGGGGAGGUUGUUGGUGGGGAGGAAGUUGAGGUGACUCCAGGUUUAUCUGGUGAGCAAACAAACGUGGAUGUUGCACAGAGGGUAGAGGCGAGUGCUACAGAUGAGGGAGAGGGUGUGUUGGUUGAGGGGAAGGUGGUAGAGGAAACAGAAUUGGUUGAUGGAGGUGAUAAAGCAAUGGGGGAUAUAGAACAAGACACUGGUGUUUUGGAUGAUGAGGUCUGGAAUCCUGGAAUCGAUACUAUUGUUGCAUCUUCAUGUACUGAAGCAGAUCGCGAGCAAGACAGAGUAGGUCAGAAGGAAGCUUCUAAAAUGAAUGAAGAAGGCGAUACAGGUCGGAGUGAUGAAGUUCUGGAUGGUGGUGUAACUAGGAGCAGUUUACAGACUCUGGGGAAAGAUCAAAUUUCUGCGGUUGAGAUGACAAUUUCAGAGGCUUGUGAUAAAGAUACUUCGAGUCAUGCAAGUGCUGAAUUUAAUAAUGAUCCAGCAGAAGAUGUUCUUGGCAGGCAUUUGGGGGUGGCUACUGCAGAAGAAAGCUUAGUUCCUGGCACUGCAGGUACAGAGACUAUUGCAAAUGAUCAAAUUCUUCAUUCUUCUGGAGAGGGUCAGGCAAUAGAGGAUGACAAGGCUGCUGACAACAUUGCAAGUCAAGGUAAUAUGGGAGCAGAGACAUUGCCUUUUUCUGAGCGGCCUGAUGAAAAUGUUGAUGGUGGAGUUGCAUCAGUUGUUAGCAGUGUCUCCUUAACUGACAGCUUAAAUACUGUUGGAGAGGAUACUUUCAGAGGCACAAAGGUUGGUGCAGGAUCAAAGAGUGAGGCUGUUGCAGGAAUGGAACCUGAGUGUUCUAUUAGAAAAACUGAAAAUGUUGAAGAGGGAGAAAUUCCUGCUGGUGGGAAUUUUCAGGACUCUGGUGUUGAGCCUGAAGCUCCACUUUCUGAUGAAAAAAGUGAGAGCAUAAGCCACGCACAAGAUGUUUUGAAGGAGGAAAAAGUACGUGGAAGUCAUGGGGAUGCUCAUGCUGCACCAGAGCCAUCAGUUGAGCAGUCUUUGGUUGUUGAAAGAGGAGAAUGGAUUGGAAUGGACAUUGACGAGGUACUGGAUUUCAAAGAUGAAGCACUUCUCAUGGAUGCUCCUGAUCCAAGUUUAUGUCCUGUACGAAAUACUGAAGAACAUUCUGAGAAGCCAGUAAUGACGCCUGACCCUGGAGACAGUGCUGCGAAGGCCACCAGCCUUGGAGAUGACUCUCAUUUGAAGGAUAUCAAGCCUAAUUUAGAUUUCAGAGGAGAUGAUGAAGUUGUGAAAUCAGAUUCGGAAAUCUCCAAAGAGCAUGGACAGGUGGCCACAGAAUAUGCUGAAGUAAUAAAUCAAAAAAAAGGUGCAAACUUCAGUGAAGUUUCAGGUGGGAAUGAACCUGUGCAAAAGAAUGAGCAGUUAAACACAUUGGAUGUCAUUGAUGGGGAUGAAAAGGAAGUUGCCUUGGAGUCAAGUUCAGUCUCAUGUAGUGAACAAAAUGGUAAUGCUGUUCCCAUGGAAGCCUCUGUUGAGUCUCAGGUGGCUGUGGAGGUUCCUGUAUGUGAUGCUAUAGACAGGAGGCCUCUUUUAACAGAAUUAGAUGAAAACAUUGAGAAAGAGGGUGUAAACAAGGGUGAAGGCAGUUUUUUAAACAGUGAUACUAAAGAAGGUGCUAAAGUGGAAGUAUCUAAUGCUACUUUUCAAAGAAUAGACUCAAAUGCUGAGGUUACGAUGUCCAUUCAAGGUGAUAAAGCAGAGGUAGUUGCUCAAAUAAGUGAAACACUCUCACAUGAGGUGCAGGUUGAUCAGACUAAAGAUACAUUAAAUCAAGGAGCUUAUGCUUCUCUCUCUAAUGCUCAAGAUUCUGAUCGAUCUGAAGGCGCAGGUGUUUCUGAAUGUCUCCAUGGCGAGGUUGAUAUUGGCAGUCAUGAAACUUUUCAGCCAAAUGGGGAUCAAACCAAUAGAACAGCAGAAUCUGGUACAGUGUCUCAGUUGGUUGAAAGCAAAAGUGGAUGCUGCCAGACCAAUGGUAAUGACGUGGUGCAGAUUGAUAUUCCUAAUGAUCUGAUGCAGGUUGAUAUUCCAGAUACUAAGUCUUUAGAGGACCAGAAAGAUAUAGGAGUUGGAGAACAGUACCAGCAUGAUGGACAGGUUGACCAUAAAGAGCAAGAUUUAUCAAGUCCAGAAAAUGCUUCUGAGACGGACCCAACAGAAAGAAUGGAAGAGAAAACAGAAAAGCUUCCAAGCUUGCUGAGUAUACAUCAAGCUGGAUAUUUUUCGCCACCACAGAAUGAAAAUGAAUUCUCCAUAACAGAUUUAGUCUGGGGAAAAGUCAGAAGCCAUCCUUGGUGGCCUGGACAAAUAUCUGAUCCUGCUGAUGCUUCAGAGAAGGCAGUCAAAUAUUACAAAAAGGACUGUUUUCUCGUAGCAUAUUUUGGAGACCGAACUUUUGCUUGGAAUGAUGCAUCUCUACUAAAGCCCUUCCGGCCGCAUUUCUCUCAGAUAGAGAAGCAAAGUAACUCAGAAGCAUUUCAAAAUGCUGUCAGCUGUGCUUUGGAUGAGGUUAAAAGGCGUGUUGAGCUAGGUCUAGCCUGCUCUUGUAUACCAAGAGAUGCAUAUGAAAAGAUUGAAUAUCAGAUUGUUGAAAACACUGGGAUCCGAGAGGAAUCAAGCAGAAGAAAGGGUGUCGACAAAACUACUGGAGCAGACUCUUUUGAACCUGAUAAACUUUUGCAGUAUAUGAGAUCACUUGCAGAGUCACCAUUCUGUUCAGUUGAUAGACUAGAACUGGUGCUUGCUCAAGCUCAGCUCACUGCUUUUUGUCAUUUCAAGGGAUAUCGUGAACCACCUGUCUUUAAGGGAAGGGAUGCAACAUUUGAAAGGGAUGCAAUGACUUUGGCAUUGAAUGAUGCAGUUGAUGAAUCAGUCCCUGUUUCCAAUGACGAGGAGCAACUACCAUCUUCACAUAAGAGAAAACAGAAUUUGAAAGAUAGCGUGCAUACUCGGAAGGAGAGAAGUUUGUCAGAGUUGAUGAGUGACCGGGAAUAUUCUCCGGAUAGUGAAGAUUAUUCAGAAGGUAAAGCUCUGAGUAAAUCCGGGAAGAAAAGGAAAGCAGUCGAUUCUCUGAAUGAUGGAUCAGAUAGAAGAAUAACUUUUUAUGCUGCAAAAGUUUCUACGACAUCUUCAAGUCCUAAGCCAUCGUUUAAAGUUGGUGAUUGUAUUCGUAGAGUAGCCAGCCAACUGACUGGGUCUGCUCCAAUUUUGAAAGGCCAUAAUGAUCAAACUGGAACUGAUGCUUCUCUGCUAGCAAACGAAGAAUCCCAACAAGGACUGACAGUUGUUUCAUCAGAAAUUUCUUCUUUGGAGGAGAUGCUAGCCCAACUUCAGUUGGCAGCUCGUGAUCCAAAGAAAGGGUACAGUUUUUUGAGUAACAUUAUUAUUUUCUUCUCAGGCUUUAGAAAUUCAAUUGUUAGGAAGCACACAUCUGUUGGGAGACCGGGGGGUAGUAGAAAGAGAAAGGCUAAUCAUACAAUUGGAGGAUCUACUGAAGAAUUUGAAUUUGAUGAUGUCAAUGAUUCUUAUUGGACUGACAGAAUUGUUCAAAAUUACUCUGAGGAGCAAUUACUACAGAAUAAUGAGAACGGUGAGACGGAUUAUCAGCUUGUGGUUUCUGAGCCUACUAAAGCCCAUAAAUCUGGCCGGAGGUCACAGUCUAGAAAGAGGUAUUCUACUGGAAAUUAUGAAAUGUCAGCAGAUGAACAACCAGAGGAUGCUGAUCGGAAAAAGAUUGAAAUAUCACCAGCUGAACUUAUAUUAACCUUUUCCGAAGGAGAUCGUCUCCCAUCAGAGAUAAAUUUGAAUAAAAUGUUUAGAAGGUUUGGGGCGCUGAAAGAAUAUGAAACUGAAGUCGAUCGUGAUUCUCAUCGUGCCAGAGUAAUUUUUAAAAGGGGUGCUGAUGCAGAAGCUGCUCGUAGUAGUGCAGGAAGGAUCAAUAUUUUUGGGUCAAUGGUCGUUGGUUACCAGCUUAGCUACUCUUCAUCAACCACUUCUAGCACUUUGCCCCUUCUUAUGUUGCAAGGAUCAGAAGAUGCAACCUGAUGUUACUUGCUUAGCUGAGGGGACUUGCAGCCUUUUCUAUAUAGUCGAGGGCCUACACAGAGUGCUGCUGCUUCAGCAACAUGUUUACUGGAAUAGGCUACUGAAGGAGGAGGUAACCAGAUUAGUUCUUCUGGUUGUUGUCUAAAAAUGUAAAAUUUGUUUUAAUUGCUGUAUUUAUGUAUACUACAUUGAGAUGCAUGGCCCUGGUGCUGCCUUUUGGUUCUGAAUCCAAGUGGUGUCUUGCUUUGCUUGCCACCUUCAGUAUCUUUUCUGUGAUUGACUCAUAAAUCAUUCAGAUUAAUCUUUAGUUUUCCCUUUCACUGUUGUAUGUAGUGUUUAUACAUUUUAUUGGUGGAUUGAUGAUGGGGAUUUUGCAGCCCUAGAUGAGUCUAAAAUCUGGUCAAGCUGUUCUUGGGUAUAA